UCCAGCUCUCACACCAUCUCCGACCAUGUCUCUGCGUGCGCUCACCCGCUUGCCCCUCCUCGGGCAGUCUUUUCGCACGCCGCUCCGCGCCUCCUUCCAGCCGCUGUCGAGGACAGUGCGCCACUACGCCUCCCUCUCGCCGGACGCACCCCCUCCCACGCGGCCAUACGAUGUCUUCGAUGAGGAAGGGAAGGCGCGGCAGCGCGACCGCGCCGUCAUUCGCCUGCGCGAGGCGACGGCUGCGGGCGAGAUUUCCGGGCCCGAAGUGCUGGACUACCUUCGAGAAGAGGUGGCCGACCGGUUAGCUGAGCGCGUCGAGGAUCUCAAAACGCCCCCCUCAGUCAUUCUCGAUCUCUCAUCGCACGCCGGUCAGCUUACACGCAUCCUCCAGGACGUUCUCGGCGACAAAUUGCCACCAUCCGAGGAGGCCGCGGGCGUUGUAGGCACGGGCCGGCGGCGGUGGAUCAUGGUCGAUGCUAGCGGCGAGGCACUCAACCGCGACGACGACGGCACCUUUGCUUAUCCACCUGAACGAAUUCAAGCGCCCGUUGGCGAGUUCUUGGCCCAACCUCAGGUAGCGGAGCUUAAGGAGACCAUCGACUGCGUAGUCAGCGCCGGGGGGUUGAACUGGGUUGGCGAUAUCGUCGGUGCCUUCACUCAGAUCCGGCAUUUGCUUAAGCCGGACGGCGUGUUCAUCGGCGCGGUACUCGGGGGCGACACCCUGUUUGAGCUCCGUACCUCGCUCCAACUCGCCGAGCAGGAGCGGCGCGGAGGUAUUGCCAACCGCGUGUCACCCAUGAUCAACACGACGGACGCACCCUCGCUGCUGAAUCGCUCCGGCUUCACAUUGACCACGGUUGACACUGACGAGGUCACGAUCAACUUCCCAAGCAUGUGGGAGUUGAUUGCAGACCUGCGCGACAUGGGCGAGAGCAACGCGAUCCUGGGACGACGGCCACAGAUCCCACGGGACGUGCUGUUGGCCGCGGAGGCGAUUUACAAGGAGCUCUACGGCAAUGAGGACGGCUCCGUGCCCGCUACUUUCCAGAUCAUCUUCUUUAUUGGAUGGAAGCCAGGACCGAACCAGCCGAAGCCGCUUGCACGGGGUAGUGCUAAGACGAACCUGAAGGAUGUGCUGUAGAUCUUGUAGCUCGAUGACUACUGAGAGGCGAGA